AGUCGCUUGCUGCCCAGGUGCCGAUUCGCGGCUGCAUGCGCCCCACUGCAGUAAAGAGCAACCGCAGCCUCUGCCUCGGCCACCACCGCUGCUGGGAAAGAGUCCUGGGGCUGCUGACGCGGUUGGGAGGAGCCUCGCCUUUAAUGCACCAGCCGCCUCCAGCCUCCUGCAGCAGCAGCAGCAGCAGCAGCAGCAGCUGCGAGUGCGCGCGUGUGGGUGUGAGGGCUCGGACCAUGGUGCAGUCCCACUGGCUCCCCUGCCCCCCUCUCCUGUGAGACUGGCUGCGGGGAGGGAUCAUGGAUACUUGUCUGCCGGCUUCUGGUUCCCACGCAAGUAAGCCUGCUGUCAAUGGAGGAGGACAUUGAUACCCGCAAAAUCAACAACAGUUUCCUGCGCGACCACAGCUAUGCGACCGAAGCUGACAUUAUCUCUACGGUAGAAUUCAACCACACGGGAGAAUUACUAGCGACAGGGGACAAGGGGGGUCGGGUUGUAAUAUUUCAACGAGAGCAGGAGAGUAAAAAUCAGGUUCAUCGUAGGGGUGAAUACAAUGUUUACAGCACAUUCCAGAGCCAUGAACCCGAGUUCGAUUACCUGAAGAGUUUAGAAAUAGAAGAAAAAAUCAAUAAAAUAAGAUGGCUCCCCCAGCAGAAUGCAGCUUACUUUCUUCUGUCUACUAAUGAUAAAACUGUGAAGCUGUGGAAAGUCAGUGAGCGUGAUAAGAGGCCAGAAGGCUACAAUCUGAAAGAUGAGGAGGGUCGGCUCCGGGAUCCUGCCACCAUCACAACCCUGAGGGUGCCUGUCCUGAGACCCAUGGACCUGAUGGUAGAAGCCACCCCACGAAGAGUAUUUGCCAACGCACACACAUAUCACAUCAACUCCAUAUCCGUCAACAGCGACUAUGAAACCUACAUGUCCGCUGAUGACCUGAGGAUUAACCUAUGGAACUUUGAAAUAACCAAUCAAAGUUUUAAUAUCGUGGACAUUAAGCCAGCCAACAUGGAGGAGCUCACGGAGGUGAUCACAGCAGCCGAGUUCCACCCCCAUCAUUGCAACACCUUCGUGUACAGCAGCAGCAAAGGGACAAUCCGGCUGUGUGACAUGCGGGCAUCUGCCCUGUGUGACAGGCACACCAAAUUUUUUGAAGAGCCGGAAGAUCCAAGCAACAGAUCAUUUUUCUCUGAAAUUAUCUCUUCAAUUUCGGAUGUGAAGUUCAGCCACAGUGGGAGGUAUAUCAUGACCAGGGACUAUUUAACUGUUAAAGUCUGGGAUCUCAACAUGGAAAACCGCCCCAUCGAGACUUACCAGGUUCAUGACUACCUCCGCAGCAAGCUGUGUUCCCUCUAUGAAAAUGACUGCAUUUUUGAUAAAUUUGAGUGUGUGUGGAAUGGGUCAGACAGUGUCAUCAUGACGGGCUCCUACAACAACUUCUUUAGGAUGUUCGACAGAAACACCAAGCGUGAUGUGACCCUUGAGGCUUCGAGGGAAAACAGCAAGCCCCGGGCUAUCCUCAAACCCAGAAAAGUGUGUGUGGGGGGCAAGCGGAGAAAAGACGAGAUCAGUGUCGACAGUCUGGACUUUAGCAAAAAGAUCUUGCAUACAGCUUGGCAUCCUUCAGAAAAUAUUAUAGCAGUGGCGGCUACAAAUAACCUAUAUAUAUUCCAGGACAAGGUUAACUAGGUGGACAAGUUAUUACUUAAUAAUCUCACAUGCUGAAUACUAGUCAAACAAGUUUUUAAAUGUUUCUUUGGGUCUUCAUUUGAUGCAUUGACUUUAAUUUCCCUAUGCAGGAAAUGAUUGGAAUAGAAUUAAAAGGAGUCCAACAUUCCCAGCUCCCCAGUUCUAAGAAACUUUUGUCAAACCCAAUAGGUUUGGGACACUUCUGUUUAGAAUUGAAAGCUGCCAGCUAACAGUAAUUCUUCCAUAGUUGACUUGAACUUCUGAUGCUUUUAUUGCCCAGUUUUCUCUGGUGGGUCCAGUGUUUUGUUCCUAGGUGUCUGCUGCGAUAAAAUGAGGUUGUCUGUAGUAUUUAAGGAGAAAAGAGAUAAGUUUUUUUUAAUUAAGCAAUUCCAUUUGAUUGAAAAAAAAACAACAAAAAAUAAACACCGUUUACUCUUAGACAAAUUCUUCUUGUUUUGUGAAAAACCAGAACUAGUCAGUAUCUCCUGCCCCUCCACCAUGUUUUUUUCUAUUUUCCAUUUUCCUUUGAACAAUUUCGUUUAAGCCAGAGAUUUAUUGCAUGACGCUGAGAAGAGGAUGCAGAAUGACGAGGAAAGGGCACAUCAACCCUGCUAUGCUCUUUUUUUGUAAGCUCCAUAGAAACAGCCUGAGAAUUUGGCUAGGAAACUUGAAUGCUUCAGGGGACAGAAAGAGAGCACUUUUGACACAGUGCUUCCCAGAGUGAGCUUGGCAGGGCCAGGCGGGGCCAAAUUCCAUCUGCUGCCUUGUUACUCUUGCUUUUUGUGCUCUUAAAUGGCUCCAUAUAAUCCUCUACUUACAUGUUCCUUGGCUUUUUUCUCUUCAACCUUUUCCAGCUUAUUUAUUCCAUUGACUUCUAAAGGCCGAGUCCUGGUUGCUUAUUAUCUGGUAUUCUAAAUGAAGCAGUUGGAAGCAGUGCCACCACCCCUGAGUCCCUGAGAAAGGCUGGUCUGUUCUUUUUGGGUGUUUCUCCUAAGCAGCUCCCUCCCCUCCUCCUGGUUUUGGUAACCAAAAGUAACAAUCCAUCAACCUCCAUUGUACCUAGAACAAAAAUAGCCAAUAAAAAUGCUGAUUUGUAAAGUCCAGUCAGGCACUUCUAACUCACCCCAAGCUCGCCAUCUGGAAAAACAGACCAGAAGGCUGUCUUCUACAGAAAUGAACUGUGGAGAAAUCAAGCAGCUGUGACAUGAAGUGAAUGAAGUCCACUUGAAGCUGUGGAAGAUGGUUCAUCCUUUUCCCCAGUUGAGGAUCCAGAUUUAUAACUGCUAGAAAGCCAUUUCCAGAAGGUUCUAUGUGGCAUACCCCUGGGAAAGGCACUAAAUACAUGCAAAGGAUUUAUAAACUUAGAGAAGAGAGUAGAUGGGUGGAGUCCAGAAAGCCAAGUCUGGGUUAAUAUCUCUACAUCUGCCUCGAUGACUCAUUUCUCCUAACUUUCAUUUAGUGCAGGGUAAAUGGUUUGAGAGGAGAGGUUUUCAUUGAAAGGGAAAUUUUCUUUCAGUUUACAGAUGUAUUAGAAGUCCUGACUUUCAAGUGUAAUUUGCUUUGGAGGAGGAAAAAAAAAAAGUGAAGGAAUCAUAUUGUCUCAAUUCUAAGCUACUAUCCAUUUACUAAUAGCUUUUUGGCAAGGAAAUAACUGUCACCUUCGGUAAAAACAGUUUUGUAAGAUGCAGCCCAAUUUCAGGAACAUUAAAAUGUGAAAAAGUACAUCUCAGAAUUGAGGGAGCAUGGGAAAAAAGACGAGACUUUCUCAGUAUUACUCAUUUUUCCUGCAAGGAAAGUCUCUCCUUAGGCAUCUCAAGUAAAGUGGCUAAGGUGGAAACUCUCUGGGCAAGAUUUCUGGCCUGACUGGGACAGUGUUCUUGGAAGAGAAAUGAGAGAGUCAGAAACUUCUGCCAGUCAUAGAGAAUGAUGAUACUGCAGAAGGCCACUGGGUUAUUGGCCUUUUACCACCAACUUUCCUUAUGGCCUUUUCUCCACUUCUCCAGACUCAGUUCCUCUGUCUGUACCGGAUCGGGAGUUGGGACCAAUCAUUGUAUCUCAAACUUAAGAAUCAACCCACAUUUGUACUAUUAUUCAUGUAACUUUUUUUUAAGUCGCCUUUUCUUAAAAGCAAGACUUAGCCUCUUCCAAAGAAAUAAUAUGCAUGAAAUUUCAA